CUGCUCAGUCCUUACUCUGAUCUCGUCAUAGUAGGUCAGCAUUCAGUAAGUGCAAGUAUAAAUCUCGGACAACACAGUAAUCAUCAAGUGAUAACAAUGAGACUGCCGCAAGCAACAGGCAGCCUUUGUCUGGUGGGUCUAUUGUUGGCACUUUGUGUCGUUUCGUUGGAAGCUGGUCGCCAUCGCAAACAAAAAAGCAAACGACACUUGGAUGUACAUAUCGAAAUCUAUCACCCGAAAGGACUUAUAAUAUGGCACCCGCAACAGGCCGGAAUGGUAGGAUUCGGAAUCGAGAUUUUCCUGAACAAGCAACUGAUGCUGCUCGAAGAACCAGUUACUUGUGACAUUUGCCAGAACACAACCGAGGCUGCCUAUGGAAAGUUCAUUAUCGAGAACGAUGAUGCGAUCAUUCGUGGUGGCGAUCAUUUAAGGUACAACGCCAUUGCGCUAGGUGACAACGGUGCGGCGUACAUUAUGAAAAGGAAUGAAUUCUAUGUGUCAGAGAGUCGUAUACUCAAACGACAAAAACAGGAAUGUUCUCCAAAAACUCAAGCGGCAUCAGACCUGCAGCAGUACCCGAGCACUAUGGAAGAGGAAAUCGAAAUUCUCAGAAACGUGGUGAACGACAUAUUCCAGCACUGCAACAACGUUACUCGAUCGAGCAAAAAUCUGUUCCUAAACUUCCGACCUGCCGAUACUAGACUUGAUUCGAAAGGUCUUUACAACUACACUCUGAAUGUUUUGAAAGAGAUGUUGCCAAAAGUGAACUGGGAUACCGAACUGAUCCAUGCUUUUUAUUAUGACGACGGUAUUGCAUUCGAAGUUAAAACGCUGAUAGACAAGUUGAAGGUACUGCAGCUGUCCAAGGAUUUCGUGCAAUUCACCAUCAGUGAUUUGGACGAUUUGGAAGGAUCGUCCAGUACGAAUAAUGAAAUCGAAUCAUUUGAAACCUAGUGAGAACGUUUACAGUCAUUGAUAAAUAAGAGCACCGAUGUCUAACAUUUUUAUUUUCAUACUAAUAAUUCAUUGACGAAAUAAAUGUUUUUAAUUAA